CAGCAAAAGAUAAUACUAAUGGUACAGAAGUUCAAGGAAAAACGAUAACCGUAGAAAAGGCAAGAAGAUCCAGGCCUAGAACACCAACACCAGGCCGUUAUUAUGGUCCACCUAAACGUAGAGAACCUCGUCGUAUUGAUAGAUUUGAUCCAAGAUAUGAUUAUAGUAGACCGCAUGAUCGCUACGACCGACCACCAAGAAGUUAUGGUCGAGAGCCCUACUAUGAGCGAGGAGGGUUUGAUAGAUCGUCAUCGUAUUAUGAUAGAGGAGGCUAUGAUAGGGGAGGAUAUGAUAGGGGAGGAUAUGAUAGAGCAUAUGAUAGAGGAUAUGAUCGUGAGAGAAGAUUACCACCACCUUCACGUUAUGAUCAAUAUCCAAGACCUCGUUCUCCAUAUUAA